GAAUUUUCAAAUUUGGAAUUAUUAAGUUUUUUUGAAAAUGAAAGGAGGAGAAAGGAAAGCUAGGGAGGUGAUACGAACAGUCGUGAAUUCUGUGGAUUUGGGGAAUUUGAAUUCCCCAACUACUGGGAUCAAGGCAGAUGUAAGGCCUCAUUCUUCACCUCUUGGAAUCACUACCCCUAACACUGGCAGAAGUCUUGUCAAGUCAUCUUCAUCUAUAAGUGUUGUGAAUCCUGUCUUGUCCUUUGCCGAUCUUGACCGAAUCUUCUUUCAAAAAAUUCUCAAAAAAGAAGAUGAACUGAAGAAGGCGUUCAGCAUCAUUGAUUCCGAGCAAACACUGAGGGUGACCAAGAGUCAGCUGAGAAGGAUAAUCGAAGUUUACCUUCUGCCUCUCACUAGAAAGCAGUUUAAUGAAGUGUUAUCACAGAUACCCCUUACCAGCAAUGGGGAAGUGCCCUACUUGGAGUUCCUGGCCAGGUUUGGCAGACUGAUUACGAACGUGAAUUCCCUCAAAAGGACGCCUGGGAAACAGUUUACCAGCAAGUCAUUGAAUCAACUUGAAUGCAUGUUAGGAGAAAAGAUUUUCAAGAAUGUAAAAAGCAUCACCAAGGCCUUUAAGCUCUUUGAUUGCACUCAGAGUGGCCAGAUUCACCCAAGCGGGCUGAGACAAGUGCUGGAGAACUACUGCUUCAAGAUGAGGGAUGAAGAAUUUGAAAAGCUCUGGAAUCGCUACAGUCUUGGGAAGGACACUGCCCUGGACUACAAUGCAUUCCUAAAGAACCUGGCCAUGAACAUUAACCUGAACCAGAAGUACAACUUUGUCAGCAAAGAUUGUGCAUGGAGGGUGAAGCCAGACAGCAAAUAUGUGUUCUCCUUCUCCUCAACUUCUGGAGAUGGUUGGGAAAACUCCUCUAUGGAUGAAAUUGAGGCAGCGUUCUGUAAAGAGUUCGGUGUGUCCACGGCGAAUAUCGAAAAAGCCCUCAGUGCAUUUGACACCACCAAAAGAGGAUACGUGUCCCUGAAUUACUUAAAGGUGGUUGUUGACAACUUUAUAUUCCCGUUACCAAAAGGGAUUUUUCUGCAGCUACUGAAAAGAUUAGGAUUUAAAACCACCGGUAAAAUUGCUUGGAAGCAAUUUUUAAGAAAAUGUCAGGACUGUGCCUUAGCUGAGAAUGGAAACAUGAUUCCCAUGAGGAAAAAGAAAAGGGUCUGUGGAUCAGAGCCCGUCUUCAAGGAGAGCAUUCUGGUGAAGCUAUGCCGGCUGGUGGAUGACAACUUUUUCGCCUUGAAGAAGGCCUUCCAUUCGAUUAACCCGAAGCAGGAUGGCAAGAUCACGGGCAAAGAAAUGCGGCACAUCCUGAGCACCGUCCUCUGGAAGGUCAGCGACUCAGAAUACAAAGAGCUCAUGCAGAUCCUGGACCCCACAGGCUCGGGCUACAUCAACUACAUCACCUUGCUCUACCUGCUGGAGGAGGACAGCUCCAUGAUGAAAAAAAAAAGACCGAAUGGACUCAAAGAUGAAAAGGCGCCUCAAUUUCUAGCCUGGGAUUCAGUGGAAGAAGUCCUUCAGGAUGCCAUUUCUAAAAACCUGCAAGACUUCCACGUCUUGUUGAAGACCCAUGACAUCGGAGACACGGGACUCAUUAGUAGAAAUCAUUUAAAGAAAAUCUUACAAACGUUUUGUCGGUAUUUGACUGAUGAGCAUCUGACAAAACUCUGUGAUAAGUUCCAGGAUGCAACUUCAGGAGGAAUCCUUUAUAAGAAACUUUUGGCCAGUAUCGGAAUCAUGAGCCCAGUCCAAGAUUCUGUAGUCACCAUUCAGAGCUUCCAGUCACCAAAUGGAAGCGGUCGAAGAGAUGAUACUUCUGACAGGAGCAAGCACUCCGAUACUAAAAAUGAGCCAGUGAGAAACAAGUCUCUCGAAGAAGUGAUUGAGAGUCUCAAGAACUGGAUCCAACAGCAGGACACUAGCUUUCGAGACACCUUCCUUGAGUACAGCAGGCAUCCCCUGGAAAAAAUCAGCAAAGAAGAAUUUAGGAAGGUGCUAGAAGAUAAUGGAAUGCCUAUGGAUGAUGAACAGUUUGGUCUACUGGUUAAAAAAAUAGGAUAUAAAAAUGAAGGACUGAGUUAUCUUGAUUUUGCAUCCGGAUUUGAAGCUUCAGAUGCGAAACCCAAUGGACUAGAGUCUCCCGGGACCCCGGCAGUGCCCGCUUCUCUUACUCCAAAGACUAGUUUUGAGAGUCAUUUUACAAGUGCUGAAGAGUGCCUGAAGAUUUUCCCUAAGAAGAUUAAGGAAGUAUACGGGGAUGCCUACUCUGCCUUUUACAAGACGGACACAAACCAUGAUGGCAUCAUUAACAUGGCCGACUUUAGAACGUUGUUGCAUCACAUGCUGAUCACUCUGAAAGAUGAGGAGUUCUUACGACUACUUGAUGCAAUGAAUUUGAAGCCAGGUUUAACACUCAACUACCGGGAGUUUCGGAAUUUGUGUGAAAAGAAACAGUUCAGAAAAGAUGACCCUCCACAAAGGCUUAUCAGGCCCAAGCCCAAGACCACAGAUUCAGAGCUGGCUUGUGAUCAGGCUCAUAACUAUCUGGUCUCGGAAGCAAAGAACAGGUGGUUUGACUUGUCUAAGAAUUUUCUGGAAACUGAUAGUGAGGGCAAUGGGAUUUUGCGACGAAAGGAUAUACGGAAUGCUCUGUUUGGGUUUGACAUUCCCAUCACACCAAGAGAAUUUGAAAAGCUCUGGGCGAAAUAUGACACUACUCAAAAAGGGUAUAUUACUUACCAAGAAUUUUUGAGUCGAUUGGGAAUCGAGUACUCACCUUCUAUCCAUCGGCCGUACGCAAUGGAGCACUUCAAUUUCAUGGGCCACUUCACGAAGCCUGAACAGAUCACGGAAGAGACUAAGGAGCUGCAGCAGUACAUGGAGAUGAACAAGCCCAUCAAGGACAAGUUAAAGGACCAUUAUCAAGACAUCAACCAGGCCAUGGGAAAAUUGGACAAACAUAAAAGUUCCGUUAUCUCCCUGAACGAGUUACACAAACUCUUGCAAGAAUAUCAUCCAAACAUAACAGAAGAGGAGAUAACGGCAAUGCUCAAAAGCUUGGGGAUCGCCUAUAAUGACAAUCUCAUCUACUAUCACGACUUCCUGAAGGCACUUGAAAACUUAAAACCUAUCAAGUCCCAUUCCAGGGAGAAGGAAGAGCCUCAGCCAAUCAGCUUCUCGGCCCUGACUCCCGAACAGGCCCUGAAGAAGAUGAAGGAAAUGGUCACCAUGAACUGCCACGCAUUCUGCAAGGCAUUUUCUGCAUGUGAUAAAGAAGAUACAGGCAUAAUCAAAGCAUCCGAUUUUGCACAGGUCAUAAAAGAUUUAUGCCCUAAGCUCAAAGACUCUCAGUAUUCUUAUGUGCUGAAGAAAUUAAGACUUCAUCUCAACACCCACAUAAACUGGAAGUUUUUCCUCCGGAACUUCCCCUGUUUCUUUGAGGAGACGGCUGCCGAGUGGACCGAAAAAAUGCAGAGGGCCUCGAGGCCCAAAUCUCCCAAAGACCAGUUCUUGAAGGAGAUCCUGAUGCGCAUCCGGGACGUGGUGACCACGCGCUACCUGAACAUAUCCCAGGAGUUUUCCGACAUUGAUUGUUGCAAAUCGAACUUGGUAAACAGAGAAGACUUCAGAAUCGUCUGUAAUCGUCACUUCCAGGUUCUGAGUGACGAGCAAUUCGAGAGCCUGUGGAAUGAGCUGCCCCUCAACAGCGAAGGGAGGCUCAAAUACCAGGAGUUCUUAAACAAGUUCAACAUGGAGAAAACUUUGAGCCCUCCGGCCUCGGUGGAAUCACUCAAGAGAUCUGGAGGCACCACUCCGGAGGCUGAGGCAGCCCCGCAGGGGCCUGUGCCCACGGCCCCAGGCAGCUCGGCCCCAGGCAGCUCGGCCCCAGGGUCAGCAUCGCGCCCCCAGACUAUCCACGAAAGUGCUCCAGCGACUGCUAGCUCCACGGCUUCCAGGGCCUGGGUCCCCCCCUUGCAGAACCUCGAAGUGAUAGAAACAAAGUUGAGAAAGAAGAUGCAGGGCUUCUGGAAGGAGAUGCUGAAGGAAUGCAAGGAGAAGGACGUGGACAAGCAGGGGGAGAUCACCGUGGCCGACUUCCAAGCUCUGGUUGACAAGUACAACUUGGACAUCAGCAAGGAGGAGUGCCAGCAUCUCAUCACAAAAUACGAUCUGAAGAACAAUGGCAAGUUUGCAUACUGUGACUUCUUCCAGAGCUGUGUCCUCCUUCUAAAGCCCAAGGAGACCUCACUGAUGCAGAGGAUGAAGAUCCAGCAGGUCUACAUGAUGAAAGGGGCAGGAACUCAGAGUGCUUCCUUUUACGCGGCUCUGCUGAGAAUUCAGCCCAAAAUCCUCCACUGCUGGAGACCCAUGCGGCGCACUUUCAAAAGCUAUGAUGAAUCUGGGACUGGCCUCUUAAGCAUAGCUGACUUCCGGAAGGUUCUGCGGCAAUAUGGGAUCAAUCUGUCUGAAGAGGAGUUCUUUCAUAUUUUGGAAUAUUACGAUAAAACUUUGUCUUCAAAAAUAUCCUAUAAUGAUUUCUUACGAGCCUUUCUUCAGUAGGUGAUGAUGGGGGCUCAACUGCAAAUGUCAGCCAGCUCAUGAGACGGUGGGCUCUGCCAGAGAUGUAUGUGGAUGCUAAGAAACUAAUAAACUCAUGAAAGCUA